AUGGAUAGCAUCGCGGCGAGUGCGCUGAUCGAGCACUUUGGGUUGGAAGUCUUCACUCGUGCCGAGGCUGCCAUGAGCGCAAACAAGGUUACGAAGCAAACCGCAGAUACAUUCCAGGCAGCGGCUGUAUUCCUCGAACUAUAUCAAAUCUGGGGCGCUCUCGAUCUACAAAUUUCGGGCAGGAUCAAGUUCGCCAAGUAUCAUGCAGUCCGAAUUGCGAAGGCGAUAAAGAACGGCGAAGAUCCCAAUGCGUCGAAUCCUGUGCCAAAAGAUGAAGAGCAAAAAUCCAUCACUGCUCAGGAGGUUCAAGCAUUCGAUGAGUCGCUAGCGGAACAGGCCUAUCGACCCACACAGCCGCCAACCGAGGGACUACCGGAAGAACCCGACCAUCUCAGACGACCGCUAGCUCAGCAAUCAUCUCACGACGAGCCGCUUCACUCAUUCCGAGCUUCAUCACUUCAGUGGCCGCUUACAUCCUCGACGUCUGGGAUCCCUUAUAUUGCCCGCAAUGCCCCUGGUUCUCCUGGGCGAACAAUGGACAUCGACCAGCCGCAACCAGGCGGCUUGGAGCUUCCCUCAACUCCGGGAACAAUUGGCGGAUCGUCAUUGGUGCCGAAUCUACCAGAUAUCCCUGGAACCUCGACCUUUGGCGAAGCCGAUGCCUCGAACCAUUUAAAUACCUUCCACUCCUUCCCUCCACCAACCGCUAACUCGCCAGUCACCGCGCCGGACCCACCUUUCUUCUAUGGCCCAUCGAGUGCUAGCGCCCAUAUUCCGCACCCCGCAGCUCUACCGUCCAGAACGCCUCCCGUUAUGCGCACCCAUGGCUUCUGUGCCUACCAUAAAACCACGCCAACCGCCACCCUUGCUCGAGGACCAGUCUAUCUCCCUAGCACAGAAACAUGUCCACUGGGCGCUCUCUGUGUUGGAGUUCGAGGACUUCUUCACGGCAGUGAAAGAGUUGAAGAACUCUCUGAGAUACCUCGGUGCAGGGUGAUCAUAUUUCUCUUCUACCAAUGCUCCAAUUCUUUGUUCUUGCACGAAUAUAACUGCCUCAUAUUGAUUUCGAUGGCGUUGAUAUUGCCAUUUGUCCUCAUCCUUAUAGUCGGAUUGUUGACUCUCCCUGUCCGGAAUUCUAUCUCCCCUUUUCCGUCGAAGUGUCUCUUACACGUUUUAGUUGCUUUAGAGUUUAAGCGCAGAGCAGCCUCUUAG